GAAUAUGAGCGUUUCUUUGAUCGUUUCGACAAGCACAAUCAUGGGUAUAUUAUGGCUACACAAAUAGGCCAAAUUAUGAGGGCUAUGGAUCAAGAAUUUGAUGAACGCACCUUGCGACGUCUAAUUCGCAAAUUCGAUGCUGACGGCUCUGGCAAAAUUGAAUUUGACGAGUUUUGUGCACUCGUCUAUACAGUUGCAAAUAGUGUAGACAAGGAGACGCUUAGACGGGAACUUCGCGAAGCAUUUCGACUCUUUGAUAAAGAAGGGAAUGGGUAUAUAUCUACUAUAACCCUUAAAGAGUUGCUUCAAGAAAUAGCCCCAGAUCUUAGCUCUGAAGAAUUGGCAAGUGCUGUAGACGAUAUAGACCAGGACGGCUCGGGGAAGAUUGAAUUUGAAGGUAACUAA